GAAAUAUAUGCGUAGAAGUCACCGCCGUGCCCCAACUCAGCCUGCACGGUCAAUACACGUGUCGUAUAUCUCCUCCCUCAACCUUCUAAGUUGGUUUUCGCAUGUCUGAAGCCGAAGAUAACGAUGAUUUUGCUCGCCUGGCAGGAUUGCUGAGAAAGUCUCCACGCAUUGUAUGCAUUGUUGGUGCGGGGCUCAGCGCACCGUCUGGUUUAGCCACCUGGCGUGGAACGAAUGGGCUUUGGAACGACGAGGACAUUAGAAGCCUUGCCUCUCCGAAAAGAUUUGCAGAAGACCCAGUCACUGUAUGGAGCUUUUAUGGUGAGCGUUUACUUGAGUCAUUGGCAGCGCAGCCAAACGCAGCGCAUCAUGCACUGGCGGCCCUCGCUAGCUGGCAUGAUGGAUGGCUGACUGUGAAUCAAAAUGUUGAUGGGCUUCUUGAGCGUACCAGUCAUCCUGUAUCAAGGCUCUUAAGCAUUCACGGUUUCCUACAGCUUGUUCGUUGUACCGUAUGCGAUUAUAACAUCUACGUCCGGACAAUGGAAGACCUCCCAUUUCUCGCAUCGCUGUCUACCGCCAGUAACCGAUCGCAAUUCACGCUAUCUGACCUUCCCCACUGUCCUGCAUGUACUAAGCUACUGCGGCCUGGAGUUGUCUGGUUCGGCGAGAGGCUAGCUGCUGGAGCACCAGACAACAUCGAGUCGUUAUUGGAAGACGGAAUUGACCUGGUAAUCGCUGCCGGAACAAGCUUGAAAGUACAUCCGGCUGCAGAGUGGGUACACAGAGCACAAGCGGAUGGAGCUUCCAUCGCUAUCAUUGACCUAGACGAUAAUCAUGAGAUGGUUGACGAUUUAGACACCGGAGACUUGUUUUUCAAACAGGAUACUACGAUCGUCCUACCUGAGGUACUCAAUCUCCUCCGGAGUUAUUGGAAUAUACGAAUAUAGCUUAAUUUUAACCCC